GAAUCCUGGCUCCUGGGAACUCCUCCUCACUCUCAGGAGCCAGAGAACCUCAGGGCUAAGGUAAAAGGCAAAACAAAACAAAAAAAAAACCAGCGAUUUUCUGGAAAUCUAAUUGGUCAAUCUGUUGGCACUACAUUAUAGACUGUUGACCGUCCUACAAUAGUCUAACAAAGUUAGUUGGUAAAAUGGCGGUUUAAUUAGUUUCAUAGUUUGCCUCGAAAAAUGUACUAGCAAAACAGACCAUCGAGAAACGGGGACUUUGUCUCCCCCGAUUCCCACGCCAUUGGCCUCUCCUUCUCUCCUCAAUUCCCAAUAUCCAGUUUCAACUCUCGAAUCUUUAAUUUUUUAAAAAAAUUCCUUUUUUUUUUCUUCACCACCAAAAAAUCAUUUUCCCAUUAAUUUAACUAUUUUGGGUAUCUAAUUCACUCCUAUAUAAACCCAACACAGAUUCCCUGGCUUUGCUUCAUCAAGCGGUAACCAGAAAACACAUUCUUUCUUCUUCUUCUUCUUCUUCACCAAUCUAAUCUGAUUAAUUUUUUUUUUUUUAUCAAGGAAGUAUCAACCAUGGAUGCAAUGCUCAUAAGUAGUUCUAGGAUUUUAGCUAGUUAUAUUUUUGUUUUAUUAUUUUUUGCUGCUUCUCUAUCUUAUGCUAGUGAUCAGCAUUAUAGAGAUGAUGAAAAUACCAGAAUCGAGGGACUAACGGACGAGGCCUACUUCAACGCCAAGGCAAAGGCCAUUUACGAGCUGUGGCUGGCUUCAAACCGGAAAACAUACAAUGGUUUGGAAGAGAAAGAUGUUAGAUUUGAGAUUUUCAAGGAUAAUUUGAAGUUCAUUGAAGAACACAACUCUGAAAACCGAACCUACAAGGUGGGCUUGAAUCGUUUCGCUGAUCUGACCAAUGAGGAGUACCGGGUCAUGUAUUUGGGCACCCGGACUGAUGCCAAGCGCCGGGUCAUGAAAUCCAGGAAUCCCAGCCGGCGGUAUGCCUUCCGGGAUGGCUCUGAUGAGUUGCCGGAAUCUGUUGAUUGGAGGAAGAAGGGCGCAGUUUCUCCCAUCAAGAAUCAAGGAAAUUGUGGGAGUUGUUGGGCUUUCUCGACCAUAGCUGCAGUGGAAGGCAUCAAUAGUAUUGUAACAGGGGAACUAAUCACUCUGUCAGAGCAAGAACUUGUAGAUUGUGACAAAGGUUACAAUUCUGGCUGCAAUGGAGGGCUAAUGGAUUAUGCUUUUAAAUUCAUCAUUUCCAAUGGUGGAAUUGAUACUGAAACGGACUACCCUUACAAAGGUCGUGACGGUACAUGCGAUCCCAAUCGAAAGAAUUCCAAAGCUGUAAGCAUAGACGGGUUUGAAGAUGUUCCACCUAAUGAUGAGAAAGCAUUGCAAAAGGCCGUGGCACAUCAACCUGUCAGUGUUGCCAUCGAAGCCUCUGGUAGAGCAAUGCAACUUUACAAAUCAGGCGUCUUUACGGGCGGAUGUGGGGAAUCAUUAGACCAUGGUGUGGUGGUGGUGGGAUAUGGUACUGAAAAUGGCAAGGAUUACUGGAUAGUGAGGAAUUCAUGGGGUACUAACUGGGGAGAGAAUGGAUAUUUGAGGAUGGAACGAAAUGUGAUCGAAACCAACAAGGGCAAAUGUGGAAUUGCUGUGGAGCCGUCUUACCCGAUCAAAAAUGGCGGGACGAUCCUCAAGCUGGUGACUGGUUUUGAAGGCAGUUCCUGAAUCUCUCUUUCUUUGCUGCCUUUUUUUAAUAGCCAGGAAAAAAAAGAACAGUGCCAAGAAUUGAUUCGCUUGUGCUGUUAAAAUGCAUUGAAGAUUACCUUUGUCUAGUAUAGUGCAUUAUGGAAUUUUUCCUUCACUGAUGUUUGCUCAGUGGCUCAAGGAAACAGUGGUUUAAUCAGUCAUUUAGGUUUGGGUCAUUUUCAUGAUUGUAUAGAAAAUUUAGUAGCUGGAAUUCACAUCAAUCUGAUGGGUUUUGCUUCAAAGCAGCAUUUCAGUUUUAACUUUUAAGCUUCCGUUUGUGAGGAGUAAUGAUGGGUUCCUACAAAACCUACAAGGUUUCUCUAUUUUAGUACUACAAUUGUUUCUAUUUUAAAUCACUCAUUUUUUUUUUUGAAUUGGUA